AUGAUCGAAUAAUCCUAGUUUUUUCUAAUACAUUAAUUAGAAAAACAAAUGCAAUAUCUAUACAACUAUCCUCAAUUCGUGGAUGAUUAAGGAUAGAUCAGUUAGGAGCUGAAAAACGAGUUAAUAAAAUUCUUAGGGAAAUAGUCUGUAUUAAAUUUAGUGUUACAAUAGUAGUAAUUACUUAUGCAGAAAAUGAAUGUUCUUAAUAGUUUUCUCAUUUCAAACGAAACCUAAUCAACUGUUUAAGAAUCUAAAUUAGACAGCCUAGUUGUAAUAUCUCAAGGAGAAGAAAAAUUAAUUGAUAAAAAUUUUAUUCGCAAAGAAUGUUUGCAAAGGUACAGAGCAAAAAAGAGGAUGUGGAUGAAUAGAACUCUUUAUGAGUGUAGAAAAUAAAUAGCAGAUCGACGAUUACGUUUUAAUGGUUAAUUUUUGAAUUGCGAGGAAGAGAAAAAAAUAAUAAAAAUUCAUAAAAUAUUAGGGAACCAUUACGUAAGGAUUAAAAAUAAUAACAUAAAAAUAAAUGGUGUAAAAAAAAUAAAGCAUUUAGAUAAGGAAUAAAUAUUGUAGAAAAUCGAGAGGUUCAUGCCUUGCGAGAUUAAGAAAAGAAUACAAAAUAAAUAAAUACUGUUUAAAUUACUCUGA